AUGUCAUUGACUGAGGCCUCAGCAAUUGAGGUCGCCAAGACCGCCUCAGUCGCUGCACGCGGCCUGGCUACGUUGUCGAAUGCUUCGCGCAAUGAAGCAUUAACCACAAUACACGCCGCUCUCAGUGACAAUAAAGAUGCAGUUCUUCAAGCGAAUGCGAAAGACAUGGAAAUAGCGACUCGUGCGGUAGAAAAUGGCGACCUUAGCCACAGUGUGUUGAAGAGACUUGAUCUGAGAAGACCAGGCAAAUAUGAAGAUAUGCUUGCUGGUAUUCUCAAUGUACGAGAUCUCCCUGAUCCAGUGGGCAAGGUCUCGAUGCGGACUCUCUUAGAUGACGGUCUUACUCUGGAGAAGGUCAGCUGCCCCAUAGGAGUCCUAUUGAUCAUCUUCGAAGCCCGUCCGGAGGUCAUUGCCAACAUAGCUGCGCUUGCUAUAAAAUCAGGAAAUGCUGCGAUUCUAAAAGGCGGCAAAGAGUCCACCGAGUCGUUCGUUGCUAUUUCGAAUAUCAUUUCCGAAGCUAUAUCCAAGACGGAAGUCCCAAAUUCUUCAAUUCAACUAGUGAAGACACGGGAUGCAGUCUCUUCGUUGUUAGCGCAAGAUUCGUUCAUCGAUCUCGUUGUACCCCGAGGAUCCAACGACCUUGUGCGCCACGUGAAGGAAAACACCAAGAUUCCUGUGCUGGGCCAUGCAGAUGGUCUCUGCUCGAUAUACCUCCACGCAGACGCCGAUUUAGCUACCGCUGUCAAGGUCAUUGUCGACGCAAAGACGGACUAUCCUGCUGCUUGUAAUGCCGUGGAGACUCUGCUUGUACACCCGGAAGCAUUGGAGACUAUUCUUCCAGCUGUUGCGGAAAGCCUCAUCGCCAAGGGCGUAUCUCUUCGUUGCGACGAGCAAUCCAAAGCUGCAUUGGAGAAAAAGCUAUCGUCAACUCAGGCACAGUCACUCAAAGCGUCUACAGACAGCGAUUAUGACACGGAAUUCUUAGACCUCAUACUUGCUGUCAAGACACUACCCCCGACACCUUCUCCAGUUGCGGCCGUGCAGGCGGCCGUUUCGCAUAUCAAUACGCACUCAUCGAAGCACACAGAGGCUAUCCUCACAAGAUCGAGAGAGCUGGCCGAGUUGUUUCUCAGAGAGGUGGAUAGCGCAGGAGUUUACUGGAACGCUUCCACUCGCUUUGCGGAUGGCAUGAGGUACGGCUUCGGAACUGAAGUCGGCAUAAGUACGAACAAAAUCCACAGCAGGGGUCCCGUUGGAUUAGACGGCCUCACUAUCUACAAAUAUCUGCUAAGGGGAGAUGGUCAUGUCGCUGGCGACUAUUUUGAGGGGGAAGGGGGCAAAAAAUGGAAGCAUCAGAGUCUUCCCAUUUAG